AAGAUGAUGGUGGUGAUGAUGAUGAUGAUCCUUGUGGCAAGUGUACACGGGCAAGCGCUCAGUUGAGUUCGCACGAGAAGCCGCCUGCACGUUCAAUGGAGUUGUCGUGCGUUUAUUGUCAAUAAUGUCAUGCUACCGAGUGACAGACAUUAUUUUGCCUACUAGUCAAAUAGUGAAUGGCCGCUUGCGAGCAGUGGACGGGGACAGUCGUCAGGCGGCGGCGACGGUGGCGACGGGCAUCGUGUGAGGAACAAGAAAAAGCCAAGCACCGGCGGCAGACAACCGGAGCACCGGACCUCACCGGCGGCGGAGCUCCACAGACAACUCAGCUGUGACCGAGUGUCGGCGACUACUCUAUCUGGGGCAUUUUCAAGCCUUACAACCGCAGUGAAAAUAUACCACAGGCGGAUUUUUUUUUUUUUUUUUUUUUUUUUAAUAUAUACAUAUAAUAACACUUUUCCUAAACGUGUUUUUCAAAAUAUUUUUCAGUGUAAAUACAGAGCUGCAACGUUUGUACAUAGGAAUACUUCACGUUUAUUUGUGCUGAAUUGCUCCGUGUUUUUUUUUUUUUUUUUUUUUUUCUAAUAAAUUAAUCGCGGGACCUGACGAGACACGAUGUGGCUUUGGGGCUUUAGUUGAAGACAUUUGCUCGAAGACUGCAUCUCUCCCAGUAGGCACGCGAAAAUACGCUGCUUGAGUGUGGUAAUAAGGCCUUGAAGGUGUGCUGUUUGCUUGGCUUAGUGGUGUUCUCAAGUGGAUUCUGAAGAAAAUGUGGAGGAUGCUACAAAGGAAAGCGAGGACAUAAAAUAUUCUCCUCUGAUGUCACUGUGGAAGAAAUGAUGAACGAGAGAGGAAGGAAAGUGGCUGAGGGUCACUAGUUUGAGGACAGCUGACACCUUUUAGUACAAGGAGAAAAAACGUCUGGGGAACCGAGAGAGAGAGACAGAGACAGACAGGGACUGACAGAAGAGAAAAGCUGCAAAGGAGGUCUCGACAGACUGAGAAAAGCCAUUUUCCAUGGCUACCGACCCGGGAGAGCCCACAGGCACGGAGGACUCCUCAGAGAAACCUGAUGGACAGAGGAAAGAGGACCUGCACCAGGAGGGUGGUGCAAACACGCAGAGGGACAGGACACAUAGCAACCCCUCGGACAUCCUCCCAUCUCAUGCUGAGGGGAGGAGAAGGACUGGAGAAGAGCAUGGAGGAACAGGAAAACCUCAUCAAGAGGGUGUGGUAGCCUCAGUCACACCCCAGAUUUUCUUCUCAACACCCACCUUGCCAGUUGACACAGGCCAGAAAUGUCAGAGGCGAAAGAAGCGCUUCUUCAGGAAGAGCGUCGAGAUUUGUGAGGAGGAAGAUGACAUGGUUCUCCCAGAAGCUCCCCAUAGUGCGCCCCACUUAGAGCUGCCCUCCUUUGACCCAGUCUUCACCAGCAGUUUCCAGCAGCAAGGAGCUGUGUCCUGUGCUGGCCUGGGUCAAGACCCAUCUUGCCCGAGUGACCAGGAGCCUAGCAAGGGUGGCCCUCCUUCCUCACCCUCCCAAAAGGGGAAAGAGAGGGAGCGUGAGCAGGAAGAGGAGGCAGAGAUGAAAGCUGUGGCCACCUCUCCUGGAGGCAGGUUCCUCAAAUUUGACAUUGAACUGGGCAGAGGAGCUUUCAAGACCGUUUUUAAAGGGCUGGACACUGAGACCUGGGUGGAGGUGGCUUGGUGUGAACUUCAGGACCGCAAGCUGACCAAGGCGGAGCAGCAGCGCUUCAAGGAAGAGGCUGAAAUGUUGAAAGGGCUCCAGCAUCCCAACAUUGUGCGCUUCUACGACUCGUGGGAAUCUGUACUCCGUGGCAAGAAGUGCAUCGUCCUCGUCACUGAACUCAUGACCUCAGGAACACUCAAAACGUACCUGAAACGUUUUAAGGUAAUGAAGCCCAAGGUGCUGCGGAGCUGGUGUCGUCAAAUCCUGAAGGGCCUUCAUUUCCUGCACACCAGGACCCCUCCCAUCGUGCACAGAGAUCUCAAAUGUGAUAACAUCUUCAUUACGGGCCCCACUGGUUCUGUAAAAAUAGGUGAUCUGGGACUCGCCACCCUCAUGAGGACCUCUUUUGCCAAAAGCGUCAUAGGAACUCCAGAGUUCAUGGCUCCGGAGAUGUAUGAGGAGCAUUAUGACGAGUCCGUGGAUGUCUACGCCUUUGGAAUGUGUAUGUUGGAAAUGGCAACUUCCGAAUACCCCUACUCAGAGUGCCAAAAUGCCGCUCAGAUUUAUCGCAAAGUCACAAGUGGUAUAAAACCAGCCAGUUUUGAUAAAGUGAAUGACCCAGAGAUUAAAGAGAUCAUUGAAGGUUGUAUCCGUCAGAACAAGAGCCAAAGGCUGUCCAUCCGAGACCUCUUGAACCACGCGUUCUUUGGCGAAGACACAGGGGUCCGUGUGGAGCUGGCAGAGGAAGACACAGGCACACAGGACUGUUUGGCUCUCAGGAUUUGGGUUGAGGAGCCCAAAAAGCUCAAGGGGAAACACAAAGAUAACGAGGCCAUCGAGUUUAGCUACGACCUAGAGAAUGACAGUGCUGAGGAAGUGGCUCUGGAGAUGGUCAAAUCUGGCUUUUUCCAUGAGAGUGAUGCCAAAGUGGUGGGGAAAUCCAUUCGGGACAGAGUCAGUCUAAUCAAGAAGUCACGGGAGCGACGGCAGCAACAGCUGCUCCAGCAACAGCAGCAAGGAUUUGAAGAGCGACGCGACUCCACUCUAACUUACUACACCUUCUCCCAUCCAUCCCCAUCGUCACUGGGGGGCGGAGCAACUGGAGGAGGAGGAGGAGGGCAGGAAUCUGACAAUCUGCCUGAAGUAGACCAACAUGUUGUCAGAGGGGCAAUAAUAUGCCUGCCAGGGGAAAGCCUUAGGUCUGCCAACUGUGAAUCGAAUGCUAACGGGCAGAGCCAGUCACACUCUCAGCCGGGGGACUCAUUCUCUUGCUCUCAGACUUCCCAGCCCGUCACUACAUCUUGCACUGCUGUACUGACUAAUCCUCCGAGGCUCCCAGUUGGUGAAGGUGGAGGUGUUUCGAGUUUGCCAGUUGGCCAGAGUGUCAGUUUGUCCAGCAUUGGCCAUAGCAGAGGUCCAUCUGUUGGUCAGGGCUUUCUUCAGCCCACCGUCAUGGUUCAACAGGUAUUGCCAAGUAUACCUCAGCAUUAUUUCCAGUCACAAACAUUCCCAUCAGAUGUGUUUCAAACCGCCGCCCCCCAAGCGUCGCUGGCCCCCUCACAAUCAUACAUCACUGCUAUUUCCCCACAAGUUCUCACUUCAUCCAUGUCCCUCAGUGAUCCUGCUGGGCUCAUGGUGACUAUUGUUCCCCUCACUCAGCAGCCCCAGGCCCCUCCCGUGCAGCUCACUGACAUUAUUCAGCAGCCAACACCCCAACAAACGCAACCUUUGCAGGCGAUCGAACCACAGAUUGGGCUAGGUGGCCAGACCUCCGGCCUUCAACAGCAGUUAAUGGAGAGCCAAGUUGCUCUGCCAGAGCAACACUUUAGCACCACUCAGCCUCCAGUAGGGCAGCUUCAAAAGAGCCUUCCAGCUAUAGCGGUCUUGAAACAUCAACAUGAGCCUCAGCAGCAGGAGACCCUUCCCCCAACUCCACAGGACCAAGCGGCAAGAGCAGGUAUGGCUCAACAAGCUUUGUCAUUGCCACCACUGGGGGAACAUUCUCAACCAGUGAAGGAUCCUUGUGAGCAGAUCACCAUACCACCCCAGCAGCAACAGCAAACCUUGCUACAAGUUUCAGGACUUGACCAGCAUCAAAUUUAUAUCCCACUUGAUCAGCAACUAAAGCAGCAGCAGCAACUGGAACAGCAGCACGCAGUUGUACACAAGCACGUAUUGGAUCAGCAAAAAGCUCUUAUUCAACAGCAGCAUCAGGCCAUGCCACAGCAAGCACUUUCACAACACCAUCUAGGGCAACAGCAGCAGAAACAGUUGUAUCAACAAAUGGAAAAUGCCAAGGCAAGAAUACACGAAGAUCCACUGAAGCAACAGCAAGCGGUGCAUCAGCAGCCCAACCCGACUCAACAGGAACAACAACAACAAGCUCUCUUACAACAGCAUUUACAGCAACAGCUUGUCUUGCAGAAGCAACAAAAGCAGAAGGCUCAGCUGGUGCCACAACAAAGCCAGCAGCACGCUCUUCUGCAACAACAGCAGCAACAAGAGGUACUGCCGCAACAAGAUCAAAGUGAAAGAUUACGAAAACAGGAUCUAUUACAACAACACUUUCAAGAGCAGCAACAGUGCCAACCUGCCAUUGUUCAACUUCAGCAAACAGAAAAACAAGAGACUGUCUCUUCUCUUCAAAGCAGUCGUGAGCAGCAAAUGCAACAGAAACAAUCUGAAAUGCAUCAGGCCUGCACCCAUCAACUAAACAGCGCUCAGUUCAUCGCUCAUAACCCCCUUAUGGGACAACAAGCUGCACUGAUCUUGCAGCAGCAAGCGUAUUGUACGCUUCCUAAGCAUGCUACACUUGCAGGGGAACCUAACAACCCACUUGGAGUUCCACUUAGCGCUGACGUGAUUCAGCACUACACUCAUAUUGGCUGCCCAGGCCCGGCUCCCAUGGUCAUACAGCCUGUCAAGACAUCCAGUGUCAUCCCAGCUCAAGUGUUCUCCCAGCCAGGACAAAGUGAAGUUCAUACCCAGAACCAAAGUCAUGUUCAGGUCCAAUAUAUAAGCCAGUCUACCACCGAAGCAGCUCAAAUAAUGAUUGAGCCCCAUGUCGUUCCUGUGGUUGGAAUUACCCAAGGACAGGCACAAAUUGUCAUCCAAGCCAAGAAAGUUCCAAGUCCUUAUGCUGAACCAACAACUUCUAUUAUGAACCCAGUGUCUUCUCGGCCAAUAAUUCUGGCUCAGCCUCUGCAGCCAGCAGACUGUCAGUCCAAACCAUCGCACAGCCAGAACUCAUCUGGUGUUGUUCAGAUUAUGGGCCAACAAAGCCAAUCUGCUGUCCAACCUCCAGCAACAAUUCCUGGUCAGAUACAGCAUGAGACUCUUGUUCAUCAUAACGUUCAAAUGCUAAGCAUGUUGCAGUCUCAGCUUCAGCAACAAACUCCAAGCCAUAUGCUUCUCCAAGCACAAAGUCACACUGCAGCAAGCCAGUCAGUGUUGCAGUAUCAGCAGGUGGCUAUGUCUGCUGGAACCAACACAGCCAGUCUCAAUACUCUGGAUUCUGCAUGUGUUGGGACCACUGCAGUCAAUAUUCCAGUGGUCCUGGCUCAGCAGCAGCCAUUAGGAAGCACCACAAACUCUUCAGAUAUUCAGCCCAUCUCCCAGCCACAGCUACGGAUGCUUUCUCAAGGUCAGCAACUGCCACCUCCUUCCCUAAUCCAGUUGCCAGUUGAGCUCAUCCUGGCCCCAGGCCAGCCAAAAUCUCCUCUCAGUCAGGUCGUGAUUGGCAGGGAUGAGGCUGAGCUGCCAGCACAACAAUGUCAGCCUGCUGCACAUCCCGACACGCAGCUAGCUGCCAGGAAUGGGGCUGAUCAUCAUUCCCAGAAUACGAACCUCCCAUCCUUACGCAAGAGCGCAACGACAGGCAUAGUACCUUCUCCUCAGCACCAGGCCAAGCACACGCUGCCAGCGCACACUCACGCACAAACCAGUAUUCAGGUCCAGACAAACAUUCAAGAGGAGGCUCAUUCUCAAACACAGACACCACCUGCCGAAGCACCGGUUCUUCUCCAUGCAGCCUUCCCUGUACAUCAAAUAGUCCCGAGCCCCUCUCACACCUUGUCUCCCCCAUCAUCACUACCAUCCUGCCAUCCUGCUCCUGCUACCCCUAUGCCAGAGCUGCCAUCUCCACUAGCAGCCCAGGUCACCUUACCAGGGCAAAGCAACUUUAUACCUACCUCCCCUUCACCUGCUGCCACUAUAGAGAUGCUUAAUUGUCAUGCACCCAAACUGCCCCAAGCCUCGCUGCAAGACUGUGACAUUUCCCUGAUGGGCAUUUCUCAGGAUUGUCUACCUCUGUCAAAUACAGAACGCCCUUCCUCAACUAGGUCUGUGCCAAUAAAUGAAGGAGAAGCUGUUUUGCUCUUGGAAAACGGCAAAUUUGAAAAAGUAAAGGCCCAGAGGAGAUCAUCUUCUCUGAGACCCGAUAAGGUUCCACAUCAGUUUCAACUGAGUAUGCUCCAGGUGUCAGGCAGUGGAGACAAUAUGGUGGAAUGCCAGUUGGAGACCCAUAGCAACAAAAUGGUGACAUUUAAAUUUGAUAUGGAAGGAGAUGCACCUGAGGACAUAGCAGAUUACAUGGUGGAGGAGGUCUUUGUCCUUGAUGUGGAAAAAGACAAGUUUAUUGAAGAGCUCAGAGCCAUAGUUGAGAAAGCACAGGAAAUACUACAAACACAUUCACUUACUGGGUCUACGGAUCAGUUACAAGUCAGCACUCCCACAAGCUCUACGUCCGACUCUGUACCGCAUUCCUCUCCGGUGGGACGCUGGCGUUUCUUUAUCAACCAGACCAUUCGCCAUAGAGACUCUCUCUCUAGCCAGGGAACAGCCACGACACCUCCCACUGGAGACACAAGGACACUCCCACCCCCAAAAACAGACAAAGAAAAUGAAAGCUCCCAGAGUCUAGAGUCCUUCAGUGGAGUGGCCUCUCCGUCUUGCACCACAUCAUAUGCACUCUCAACUGUCUUAUCCCCCUCUGCCACAACUGCACCCACUUCACACGCCACUUCACCUGAAAGCAUUCUUGAAGCCUCCGGCCCUCAAACUAUUUCAGGUUGUCUUGAUCUGCCAGUCCUCAUCUCAACUUCUGUCGACCAAAGGCUCAGUGUGCCAAUAUCCACAGCAUUAUCUGUUGCCACCAACCUUACUGGCAUGCCCACUACUUCCAUCGUUGUGCCUCCCAUGCCGGACACCAUUCAGGCUGACGUCACAGUAAGCCAUCCUGACUUGGAGCAACUUCAGCAAACUCUCUCCCAAGGAUGCACAUCAGCUCCGCAGCAGCAGAAUCCGGUAGCCCAGCAACAAUUGCAACUAGAGCAACAAGCGCAGUACCAAAUCGGGUUAACACUGCAGCAACAAAAAACACAGGAAGUUUUCCUGGAGCAAAUUCACCUGCUGCAGGAACAGGAGUUUGUGCAGCAGCAGCAACAACAAAUACCACAGAAGGCUUCACAUGAGGUGCAACAGUGUCAGCUACUGCAGCAGGUUAUGCCUCAACAGCAGAUCCACACGGACCAUCAGCAGCAGCAAUUAAGCACACAGCAGACGGUGUACAUGUCACAGCAGCAGCAACAUCAACAUUUCCUUUGUAGCCACGUGGCACAACCAACCCAAAUUCCUGCUGACCUGCCACCACAGCAUUGCCAGAUACAAAACCUAGAGCAAGAAGAAAUGGUGAGAGCCGCCGACACACCUCUGAAACAACAUCCGCUUCCCAAACAAUUCUCUUUACAACAGUCUGAGUCUGAGGUGUCCACGGGAGAAAUGAGCGUCACAGAUGACGCAGUACCGUUUCAUCCUUCCUCUGACUCUUCUUUGCCACCUCUUCAUUUGGCAGCGAACGAAGCCUCCUUUCUCCCUCUCUCCCUCACACUUACCCCAUCCCCUGCUCAGCCUUCCUCUGUGGCCGAGUCGGACAGCGAAGGUCCCCCCAAAAUAGAAUUUGGGGACAAUCGGAUGAAGACGCUGGACGAAAAGCUGAGGAACUUGUUGUAUCAAGAGCACAGCAGCGGCGGUGCGGCUCCGGCCGGAGGAGCUGCGUCAGCUCCAACGUUAACAUCAGCUGCCUCCACGUCUGCAGGUGGAGAUGAGUCAUCGGAGCUGCAUCCAUUGUCAUUCCCGCCACCUGCCUCUGUCUCAGAUGCAUCUCCACACUCCUCAUCCUCCACCACUUCCUCUUCCUCCACCACCACCACCCCUGAUCCUGAGAGCUGCAGAGGAUCAGACAAAGGAUCCUCAGAGGUCCUCCACUCAGAAGAGCAAGGGCUGAGGGAGCAGCAUCCUUGCCCAUCUCACCCUUCCACCUCCAUCACAUUGACCACACCGCCCCCUGCAUCUCGCCUCCCUGCCAAUCAGGAUGUCCCUGCUGGGCCUCAGCGGCCUCCUGUGCCAGGAGAACCAACUAUCCUUGCUGUAUACCGACAUUCAGACAACACCACCACCGGAGAAGCAUUGCAGCCCCACCGCCAGCAGAUCCCCCUCCGGCAUGGAGCGCAGCAGCAUAAUGCAGGAGGUGGAUAUUUUGGCCUAAACCUGACAUGUCCUAGUAUCAGAAAUCCUGUUUCUAGCAAGAAAUCCUGGACUCGCAAAUUCAAAAACUGGGCAUGCAAACUGCGCCAUUCCGCCAGCUUGUUCAAGAAGCCCAGAGUCCAGCAAGUUUCAUUAUCAGAUGGACGAUCUGGCAGUCAGUCAUUAAAAGAGGUGAAAGAGUUGGCCCCGCAUCCAACUCAGUCGCGCAAAGGACGAUUCCACGUGACCCCAGUGCCUCAAUCCUCCCCGCCGAAGGAUGCGUCAUCAGGCUGUGGCAGCACUCACAGAAAAGUGGGCCGCUUUUCCGUUACGAAGGCCGAGACACAGGACGAGUUGGGCCAAACGGACAGCUCUCGGGUGUCUCCUGUUUUGCUCAGGGAGAGGAGGAGAUCACGGGUAAAGGAGGCAGAGAAAGAUGAAAGCAGGAGGACGCCAGUAAUGGCCCAUCUAGCUCGAGGUCACGGGCACAGCCACUCCCCCGUAGACAGCAGCGACGAUGACGACGACGGGAAUGAGUUGGAGGAUGAAGACCUGAGAACAGAACUGUACAAGCUGAGAGAGAAGCACAUCAAAGAAGUGGUGUCGCUUCAGGCCCAGCAGAACCGAGAGCUGCAAGAACUGUACCGACAGCUCCGUUCCCAAAAAGACCAAAGGCAAAGUCUUCCUGUUUGCUUGUAUCAGAGCCCCGCCCUUCCCACAGUGCCGCCGCUCCUCUCUCCUCGUAGGCCCAGGCCAGCCAAAAUCAAACUCCGGCCCCGACCUCACUCUCAUAUGGAUAACAAUGGGGUCACACAUGCUGGAUUUCAACAGACGAGCAGUUUUUCUGGUGCUGAACAGUGUGGAGUGCCUCCUCAUUGCAGCUCAGAGCAUCACUCCUCACUCCCUGCCAAAAGAGAUCAAAGCCCUGCCAGGAACAGCACCUUCACAGAUGAACUGCACAAGUUGGUUGAUAAUUGGACAAAGGAAGGCGUGGGCCAGAGCAUACCCAAGCCUUCUCUCAAUCAGAUCAAACACAUUCAGCAGGUGCAGGAGUUGGGAGGCUGGUCCCAGCCAACCGAGGCGGCUCCACCAGGUUGGUUUCCAUUGGUCCCUAUGAACCCACAGGCACCACCAGUUGCUACAAGCUUGUCCGUGGCAGCCCCUCCCCAGAACGCAGGAGGGGGGGGCCUGUCCAUCUCUCCCGGGCCUCAGCCCCAAGCGCACAAGGUCCAAGUGCCAGAGAUGCAGCCCUGUUUACACCUCCAGCAGCAGAUGACCUUUCAGCAGGCCCCGGUGUGCAAGCAAGUACAGCAACAGCCCCGGGUGCAAGCCCCCAUACGGCCGCAGUCUCUAGCGCAGACACCGGCCGUCGUCCGGCUGCCUGGCUCGUUGCCUCAAAGCCAACCCCCACUGCCUUCCCUCGCCGCCGCGUCUCAGACGGCCACAGCCAUGUCUGUGCUCCCUGGCGGUGGUCCCUCCACACCCACGGAUGGCAGCUUUGCCAGUGGGGCGGCAUUUUGCUCUUGUUCCUCCUCAUCUUCAACCUGCUGCUCCUCCUCCUCCUGUUUGAAAGCUGCUGUACCUUCUAGUGCCAAAAAUCACCCAACAGACACCCCCGUCUCCACGCUUCUUCUGGGACAGAAAUGAAACUAAGGUUGGUGUAGUUGUGAAAAAAGGUGCCAGAAAAGAGUAAAUGAGUUGGCGCAGGAAGUGGCGCAGAUCCAUUUGGAGUAUUAGGCUGGAUUUACACCACAGUAUUGAUAGGGACCAAGGUCUGUUGCAAAUAGCUUUAAAAAAACGAGGAAUUGAUGCCCCCUCACCCUAAUUUGUUUUUAUAAUUGCCUAUGUUAAUAGUUUGUUCCAUAAAUAUACUACAAACUAGGAUCCUGGAACACUUAAAUAUCAUAUUAAACUCCUCUUAAAACAUAACUUGAUUUAAUUUACAACUUGUAAAAAAUAUGCACAGGAAGCGCGCAUGGACAUGCAGCGAAGACUCUUCAUAACUUGAACAAACAACCCAGACAAAACUUCCUCGCCGACAUACAAAAUCUUACAUCACUUCAACAUACUUCCUUGACACCAACUACUGCUUUCCUUUCAGCCAGGUCUUUGGUGCUGUCUUGUGGCAUCUUAGAGCAAAAGGAAACUAAAAUAGCCGUUUUUCACCGAUUAGCUAAGGAUCGGUUCCAGAGGAAAGAUUUGAUUUAGAAAAAAUGCACCCUAAGUGUGUAUGUAUGUACUGUGCAUGCACAUAUGGCAAAACUCUAACUUCAUUUAGAAACCCAGGUUAAACUUAGCUCCUCCCUGACAUACAAAGCCUGUCUCUCAGUUGAGAUGUACUACGAGUUCUUUCACACCAAUUACUGUACUCCUUUCCUAUUUAGAAAGGGCUCUAUCGGCAUCUUAAGGCAUUUCAGGAAGAACACAAAACCCAGAAUUAGGCCUCUUCCAAAUGUGGCUAAAAAUCAGAUAUGAAUGGGAUAUCUGCCAAUGUGACUGCAGCGUAAAUAGAAAGAUCAAAUCUACCCCAAUGUGAAAAUGAUGUCAUCGCAAAUAUAAUCACAACAAUAAACUAUGGCAAAAACAUAGACCAUUAAAUAUGGUGUUAAUAUGCUACAUUUGAGGUAACGCAUACUAAGGAAAAUAAUUGCUGACAGCGACCAGUUGAGUCGUGCGGCGGUUACCUGCAUUUAAACCAAUGGGUGGAGGAGUCAAUCCAAGGCAACCAAACACAAUGUAACAUUUAAUAUUUGUGUUACUUUAUUAUUGUUUACUAGUUUCCCUAGGUGUAAUUUAUAAAAUUGCAUAUUGGCACUACAUUGAAAAUGGCCACUUAGACCUUCAAUGUAAAUCCAGUCUUAGAUCAGCAUGCGAAUGAGAAGUUUGAACUGCAAGGGAUAAUGACACAAUGGGGCGUGAAUCUGAGAGAUGAGAGGUUAUACAGUAUGUACAAAUUGCGGGUGACAUUGAACGCAGCACCUGAGCUUUGUGAAUCUUUGUGGGUCUUGUUUUUUCAUGUGUGUGUGUGUGUGUGUUUGUCUACAGACUGUGACAGAGAAUUUGCAACAUAUCCCUGACCAAACAUUUACUUAUCAAAAGGUCACCCUCGCAUCUCCCGAAACAGACAAAAUAUAUGUUGGUUAUAUGUUUUGUUUCCAUAUGUCAAUGCUUGCAGUGAAAGGACGAUCAAUUUUAAAAGUGCAAUUAGUAAUGAUCAUGAAAAUUGAUCAGCAUGUAUUGUAAUAAUUUGUCUGUAUGUUAUAAAAUAUUUUUGUACAAGCAAAGUGAUGAAACUCUUUGGGGAUCUUUUCAAACGGUUGGCUUCAAGCACAAACUGCUUCAGUGGACCAUGUAAAAACAAAAAAAAUAGCUGGUUUCGGAAUAGGCUUUAUUUCAAGAUGAAUAACUCAGAUUUACCAAAAGCAACAAUGAAGGAUUUCUGCUGUGUGGCUCAUUAAUCCUAGUGCCAAUCUAUUAGCAAAUAGACCUUAAAUUUAUUACACAUAAAUAAUACCACCCCAGUAAUUAAUCAUGUUCCUUUAAGUGCUAAUUACUGCCUUUGUAUGUAAAAUUGUUAUGUUAAUGUGUGACAUCUUGGCUUUGUUUUAUCACAGUUUGGAAAAACAUCAUGAUAGCUCACCCGUACAGCAUAUCGUCGCUGUCAGGCGGAAUCCUUGCAUCUCCAAAAUCACUUCUUUUCAGGGAGAGAAAAAAAAUGCCACCUUGCUUGAUUUACCAAACACUGUUAUCAUUCAAAUUGGUUUUAUAUCUUAUAUUGCUAUCAUAUACCUGUGCGCACCAACAUAAAGACAACACCAGGUUGGUGCUGUGUUGAUUUUGUGCUGAUUUUGGGUUGGUGUUACCAAUCGUGUUCAAAUGCUAAUUUAAUACGCAAAAGAAAAAAAAUAUUAUACUGUCACUGAUUAAAAUGGUAGGACCGUCCACAUCAAAGUCUGGACCCCACAAUAACAAAUGACUGUGGUAACAUCAUCUUCCCAAACUCAUUUUCAAAGGUCAUAGUGCCAUGAGUAAUGCAAUAAAUAAAACAAUGAGCUGACUAGACAGUGUAAUAGUAAGAAAUGAAUCUGCAUGCACUGACCAAUUCUCCUGCACUGAUGCAUUGCAGCUAGCCAUUUUUAUCAAAAGGCUUACUUAAAUGUAUCUAACGUAACUAUUUACACUUAUUAUCUAAAACACAUCCAGACUUGAGUCAGUCUUGAGGGGACAUAGUGCCACACGGUUCCUGCGUAGUGAGGAAGAGGCAGAGCUUUUAAAUACUUCUCAGACAGUGAAGUGUUCAAGAACUCUAAUAUAUUUGGUCUAAAGCUAUUUUCAACACUUUAAAUUGGUUAAUAAUGGGUAAAAAUAGAAAACAACGUGGCUAUAGACAAGUAGUAUCAAUUUGUGAGGAAAUGUGACAUUCUGGGAUUUCCGCCCAACAGCGACGAUGUUGAGUUUGUGUUGUAGGUUUUGGUCAGUCUUCUCACGCAGUAAAUUGAGAUAUAACCACAAUAUGAGAAAUAUGAGAUUAUUUGAGCCCUCACUGAUUUUGUAAGUUUACCCACUGGCAAAGACAUGAGCGGUCUAUAAUGGUUUAUUUUAAGAGCGAGAGAUAGAAUAUCUAAAAGAAAUCCAUAAAAUCACAUUUUAAAAAUGAUACAAAAUUAUUUGCAUUUUAUUGAGUGAAAUUUGUAUUUGAUCCCCUACCAACAAUAAAGAAUUAGACUUAGAAGAAGACUAGUCCUCUCACUAUAAGAAAGUACUCCUAAUCUAAACUUGUUAGCUGUGUGAAAGACACCUGUCUUAACCUGUUGCUUGUAUAAAGACAUCUGUCCACAGAAUCAAUCAAUCAGACACCAAUCAUUGGCAAGACCAAAGAACUUUCUAAGGACAUCAGGGACAAGAUUGUAGACCUGCAAAAGGCUGGAAUGGCCUACAAGACCAUUGGCAAGAGGGAGGGUGAGAAGGAGACAAACAAAAUGACUGUCAGUCUCCCUUGAUCUGGGGUUCCUCGCAAAAUUUCACCUUGUGGGGUAUCAAUGAUCAUGAGAAAGUUUAGGCGUUAGCCCAGAACUCCAUGGGAGGAGCUUGUUCAAGGUAGCUGGGACCACAGAUAUCAAGAAAAAUAUUGGUAACACACUAUGUCAUAAUGGAUUAAAAUCCUGCAGUGCCUGCAAGGUUCCCCUUCUCAAGAAGACACAUGUACAGGCCCAUCUGAGGUUUGCCCAUGAACACCUGAAUGAUUCGGAGAAUGAUUGGGAGAAGGUGAUGUGGUCAGAUGGGAAAAAAUAUCGAACUCUUUGGAAUCAAUUCCACUCGCCGUGUUUGGAGGAAUAGGAAUUCAGGCUAUGACUACAAGAACGCCAUCGCCACCAUCAAGCAUGGAGGUGGAAGCAUUAUGCUUUGGGGGUGUUUCUCUGGAAAGGGGAAAGCUCACCUUCACCGCAUCGAGGGAAAUAUGGAUGGAGCCUUGUACCGAGAAAUCCUGGGUGACAACCUCCUUCUCUCGGCCAGAAAACUUCAAAUGGGUCAUGGAUCGGUCUUCCAGCACGACGAUGAGCCAAAGCACACAGCCAAGGCAACGGAAGAGUGGCUAAAGAAGAAGCACAUGAAGGUCGUGGAGUGGCCUCUCCAGUCUCUAGACUUAAAUUCCAUCUGCGGAGGGAGCUGAAACUUCAAGUUGCCAAGGGACAGUUUGGAACCUUCAGGAUUUGGAGAGGAUCUGCAGAGGAGUGGUACAAAAUUCCUCCUGAGAUGUAUGCAAACCUGGUGAUCAACUACAAGAAACGUCUGUCCCCUGUACUUGCCAUCAAGGGGUUCUCCACCAAAUACCAAGUAAUGGUUUGAUAGGGGGUCAAUUUCUUACGUCACUCAAUUAAUUGAAAAAUAUUUUGUAUUAUGUGAUUUUCUAGAUGUUCUUUUUGAUAAUCAGAAUCAUCUUUAUUUGCCAAGUAUGUCCAAAAAACAUACAAGGAAUUUGUCUCCGGUAAUUGGAGCCGCUCUAGUACGACAACAGACAGUCAAUUGACAGAGAACACUUUUGAGACAUAAAGACAUUGAGAAAAACAGUCACUGAGCAAUAAAGGGUUGCUAGUUAUCUGGUAAUGCCGGUACAUUAUUUUUAUUUUUAUUUUUUUUUUUUUGACAAUUGUUCAAAAAGAUGCAGAGUCCUCUAGCACUUAGAGCAGUUCGAAUGACUAAUAUUACAAUACUCUGUUGCAGUACCCCUACCAUUAAAAUUAUAGACUUCAUGUCUUUGUCAGUGGGUAAACUUACAAAAUCAGUGCGGGAUCAAUAAUUAUUUCCUCCACUGAACAGUGCAUACAGUGGUUCCUUGAAGUUGGACAAUACAAUUUGCCAUUGAGAUGCCUCUUUGUAAUAAUACAUUCCAGAUUCACAACGGUUGUCAUCAUAAAACUUUGUUUUAAGUGUACUGGCAAUGUUUUUGAUGUAGCAUGCGAAUUGUGACAUAGUAUAAAAUUACAUUAUUUACAUAACGCACACAUAAAACUCUUGACCAAGUGAUAAACGUGGCAGCUAAUACGUCAGAAGCUAUCAUAGCAGUCUAUACUUUCACUCAGUGGUCCUUAUUUGUUCACAAAAAUCUGCUCGAUAUGAAGCAAAGGUAAGGAAAUGGGAAUGAAAUUUACCAAAAUGAAAGCGGUCACUAAACAUCACUUAGCAGGAGCAACAUUUGCUCAGUCAGCCGCUACAACUACUGGCAAUCAUCUGACUGACAAUGAAACAUGCAAACACUGGACUGAAGUAUAUGGACACCGCUGCCACAAAGUUUUCUACUUUGAAUCUGACUUUACUUACUUUAGGCUUACUUCCUGCAUAUCUUCUUCUCUUACCGCUGUCAUUGUUUUAGAAAGUGUCGCUAAGAGAAACACAGGUUAGUUCUAAAUUGGAUUGCAUGAUAUGAUGACGUCACAUUUGAUGACUUUUGAUAUGUGGCUUUCGGGUGAAAUUUCAGGAUGAAACUUAUGAUCUGCUGUUCAACGUUUCAGUACUUUAUACACAACUUGCUGUUUGCUCAAAUGAGCUGAAGGGCUAAUUUCGCAACAGGUGUUUCUUCCAAUUGAACCAAUAUCCUGGUUGAAUUUGAAUUUGUAUUUAGACAGUCCUUUUCAUCAUGCUGUUGGCAUUUGGACGACACCUUACAAUUGAUCAAGAGGAGUUUAGAGUGUCACCAAGCAGGUUGCAACAGAGGUAUACAAGUGGACGUCUUGGAAUUUUUUUAUGGAUAACUCCCAUUGUGAAUUUUGACAUUCAGCUUCUUGUCAGAGAAGAGCAACUUGUACAAAGAGUACUCAAACAAAACAAGUUCAACUGUAAAGGUUAUACUGCAUUUUAAGUUCAUCGGGAAAUUUCACCCGAAAUCCGAAUAUCCCCGACUUUUUGUGAGGACUGUCGUGUAUUUCACCAAGAUUUUGGUUACUUAACUUUAUUGGUGCUUGAACUUCAAGGAACCACUGUAUUGUUAAAAGAAUACACAAUUUUAAACUUGUAAAUUUAGAGAGUAGAAUUUAGAUGUUUCUGGUAAAUUGUCUGGUAAAUUGUGAAUUUUAAAGUCUCUCUACAACCUUAAAGCUAAUGGGACUCUCCCAGUGCAUAAAAAGAUAUAUACAGUAAAUUCAUCUAUUUGUCACAAGCAAAACCUACAGCAGACACUUUUCCUUCCACUUUAGCCAUAACAUAUCAAAUAUUGCUCUAGUGUGCCGAAGAGCAGGGUGGAAACAGUCAAACAACUGCUUAGUCAUUAUGAUCUGGGCAACUCUGUCCUGUCAGCCCAUCUUGCCUUUUGCAUUUUCGAGUGUGUAAAUCAUGUUUUUCUAUAUUUGACUCACAUUUCAUCACAUUCACACCUUGAAAUGAGCGUCUCAAAGAUUACUCCCCUCAUCAAUCUAUAUCUGACCGCAAACUGUCAUAAGAUGUUCAAUGGACAAUGCAUGUGCUGAAUGCACACUGCAAAAGGUAAAUAAAAGACAGCUCCAGCCCUGUUAUGCAGAUAUGCUCUGUACUACAGUAUACAAGCAGAUACAGUACAUUACGUUGGAUUACAUUAGGAUUAUUCAUAUUUGCAGUGCUUCUGGACUUUGUCUACUGCAUCUGAGGUAAAAGAUUCAGAAGAUGAAAUAGUUGGAGUUCCUUUUGGCAUCAUUUAAAUAUACCAGUGAUUUUUCUGGGUCCUUUGCUGUCAUGUCUGAUACUAACUUGUUGACCACAAGCUUGAUUAUCAUGUUUUAUGAUGUGGAGCGGGCUUUGUGUUACCAAAAUCUAAAAAUAAAUAAAUAAAGAUUAUUUUUGUAUUUUGAAACAGAGAUGUUUGUGAUCUAAUAAAUCAGAACGCUGGUUCUCAUACUUGUUUUAUGGAACUCGCCUUGUUUUAUAUAUCUCUUUGUGUCCCGAGGCAUAAAACAUUUGCCAGUGUAACGUCUUUUGACCGUCAUUUCAGUUUAAAUGCAAUUAUCUAAAAGCAUACAUAACAGAACUCUUUGUCACGGGCUUCAUUCAACUUCCGAAUGGAUGCAACAAAAGUCAAGGGAGUCCCUUUAAGGCAUGACUGAGAACCAACGAUGAAGAAAUACAUUUGGGAAAUCCUAAAACUACAAAGUAUGGUCCUAGUGAUAUUCCCUCUCGACAUUGUAACACAAUCAACAUUUGGUUUUAUUUAUGUUUUGUAACUAAUCCAAAUAAACAAUGUCCAACAUCAGCA